AACCGCACAAUGCCGACCCAACCCGACGUGAGGGACGAGCUCGCUUGCAGAUCACCGGUGCGUCCAGGACCCACUGUGGAGAACAUCACACGAGGAGUGUCCAACAUGUGGGUACACAGCGAUGGUGGCAAUGACGACGUCGGUGGCCGUGACGAUGUCGACGAAGGGUUCAGGGAGGACGCGAAUGCAUGGGACGUCGACAAUGACAUUCAUAUUCGGCCUUUGGGGAAGACGGCCAGGAGAGGGAAAGGACGCAGCAAAGGUGUUGUUCGUGGUCGAUCCGUUUGGCCGUGGCGGCAGAGGAGGCGUAAGCGACGACGGCGGGAAGUCUGCGACGUACUGGUCUACAGACGACCAACUGCUCCUGGUGAGAUGCAAGCGGGAGCAAGACAUGCACCUUGCCGAGUUGGGUCACAAUUACGGGCGGAUGCGGACGAAGGAGUGGAAAUGGGACGACAUCGCCAAGCGGAUGGCGAAGGCGGGGAGGCCUAGAGACGCCGACGACUGCAUGAAGAAGUGGGACAAUCUGUUCCAAAACUACAAGAAGAUACAGAGGUUUCAGAAUGUCAGCGACAGGGCAGACUUCUUCAGGCUGUCAAAUGAAGAAAGGAAGGAGAACAACUUCAAGUUCCGGAUGGACAGGGUGUUGUACAACGAGAUCCAUGGAGGCAUGUUGGGGAAUCACAUAAUUUUCCCUCCCAACGUCGUCGACGCCGGCAUUCCGGACGCGGUGCAGUUGCCCAGGCGAGGAGCGGAUGGUGGGGAGUCUGCUGGUAGUGAGGGCGGCGGUGAUGGCUGCCCUGAAGAACGUUCUUCGGCGAGGGACUCCGACAACAACGCAGACAGUGGGGGUGCAGGCGGGAAGCGGAAGAAUGCACGUCAACAGGCGUUGGAGUCGAUCGCUGGUGUCAUGGACCGCCAUGGUGAACUGAUGUCGUAGACGAUCGAUUCCUCUAACAAGUCGAUGAAACGCAGAGGAUGAUGUGCCACGCGCUUAUGGAGAUC